CUAAAUGAGGUUGCAUUAUGCUACCCUUGGGCUUCAAGAUCCAAAAUUGCACCUCUUUGCCCGGAUGGGAAAAAAGUGGGUUGUCUUCAACAGGUUUUCGUCUAUUCUCCUCCCAAUACAGAUCCGCUGUCACCCUGGUCAAGCUUCCAUUCCAGCUUGCGAUUUUCAUCAAACUCAGGCUUCGAAUCAAGUAUGAAUCGAGCAUUGUAUACUAGUUCUUUCCAGGUUUUGUUCAAGAUUUCGUUGAUUGAAAGUUGGUUUGCGAAAUAGGGCUUAUGAUCUCCGUGUGUAGUUUUGUGCAAUGGGUUUGUGCUCUUUCUUCAUAUGUUCAUUGUGAACACCUAUUGUUUGCUUCUAUAAUUGAUCGAGUGUUAGCUAGUUUAUAUAAUUGAAUCAUCGAGUGUUGUUGGCGUUCUCUACAUUUCUCUGUGGGAUCAAUCGGAGGUAAAUUCUUGACCAUCUGAAAUUAUUAAAUAAGUAAUUUUUUGAUAUUUUUUUUAGACAAUUCAUAUAUAUAUUUAACAAGUAUAAAUAGUAUCGGGCCGGAAUUACAAUGGAUAUUCAAUUUGGACUUUAGUCUUAAAUAUUUAUUUGCAUCACCAUUAUACAACUCCCUAUUGCAAUCAAAAAAAUUUCCAACCCCUAAAGCACAACUAUUCAUGGAUGUAAAAUUUAAAUUGCAUCCCCAAUUUUCAACUUAUGAUUGGAGAUGUCUUUAUGCACAAAUACCCCCAAAUCCCUCCCAGUAAUUCUCUGUUUGGCCCCUAAAAAAUUCUCUGUUUGGGGUAGCGGGACUUGCUAGUUGCUAUAGUGUUGCAGCUCCUGACAGCAAGUAAUUUUGGUUUUUUUUUUAUUUAUAAAAAAAUCAUAAAUGUAUACUAUUUGACAAUAAAUCUAAAUAUGUAAAUUUUUUAUGAAUUAAAAUUAAAAUAAUCACUAGAUAAAAGUAGAAUGUUUUAAAUUUAUAUUUAACGAUCUAAAUUUUUUUGAACUCGAGACCUCUAUGAAAUAUCAGACACAUGAGUGUCAUCUGAGCUAUUUGUGGUUUUCUUUAAUGAUUUAUAUUUGUCAUGUACUUUUUCAUGUUAAAUUUGGUUAUUGUAUAUAUAUUUUUAUUUUAUAUAUAUAGUUGGCAUUCAUUCAUUUAAAUACUACACAUUUAUUAUAAUUUUAAUAAAAUUGGGCCCAAAAUGGGCUCCACCCCUUCCUUUGGCGUGACACUCUUUCCUUCACGUGAUUCUGAGCUUACAGUAUACUAUAGAGUAUAGACAGCUGCUACUCAGUUCCAAUAUGCUUUUGUGAUUUGUCACGUGUAGCUCCCAUAUCCAUAAGGACCAUAACCCCCUGCCUCUCUGUGCCUCCUUUAGCUGGAGCUUCAAACCCUAACAAUGAAUGAAAUGGACCAAUCACACCUCUGCCUCCGAAGACCACAACAUACAACAUACAGAGUCUGCUGAGAAGUCUACUUUUGCUUCCUCAUCUCCUCCAGCAAUGGCAACGCCACUACUCAGAUGGCUUUUCUUUCACUAUUCUAUUCUUGUUUUGUCCACGAUAUCCCUCAUAGUAGUUGAUUCUGCCUCUCCUGGUGGUUCGCUUAAUUUGUUAGAACCCUCGGAUGCUGAUGCUCUGCUCGCAUUCAAAUCCAAAGCAGAUUUACAUGAUGGAAUCCGGUUCUCGCAUCGCACGAGCUUUCACUUCUGUCAAUGGCAAGGCGUGCUGUGCCAACAGCACGCAGUGGUCCGUCUGGUUAUCGAAAACUUGGAUCUCGGUGGCGUUUUCGCCUCUGACACAUUGACUCGGCUUGGCCAGCUCCGUGUUCUGAGUCUUCAGAACAACUCGCUCACUGGACCCAUCCCGAAUCUCUCCGGUUUCGUCAAUCUCAAAUCCCUCUUUCUCGAUCACAACUCCUUUACGGGUACUCUUCCUCCUUCAGUAUUGUCCCUUCAUCGACUCCGAACCUUGGAUGUCUCCUACAACAAUCUCACAGGUCCAUUACCUGCUCUGUUAACUUCACUGGACCGGAUAUACUAUCUCCGGCUCGAGUGGAACCGGUUCAACGGCACUGUUCCCCCACUGAACCAGUCCUCUCUUGAAAUCUUCAACGUUUCAGGGAACAAUCUCAGUGGUACAGUACCAGUAACACCUACAUUACUUCGAUUUGGAGUCUCCUCUUUCUCCAUGAACCCUGGUCUUUGCGGCGAAAUCAUAAAUAUAGAAUGCAACCCUAGCCCUCCAUUUUUCAAUCCAUCGGUUUCGGCAACAGCGCCGCCGCCAAAAUCGUUGGCGCUUGGGCAAACCGCAGAGCUCCACGGCGUCGAUUUGAGUCGACGGAGUCCAGAGAAGCGCAGAAGGACUGCAGUGAUCAUCGGGUUCUCGACUGGAGUUUUUGUUCUAAUAGGCUCCCUAUUCUGCUUCGUUUUCGCAAUCAAGAAACAGAGAAAGCAAAAUCAAGAGAAGGAAUCAUCAACUGCCUUGGUAGCAAACGAUGCGGCGGCUACGGCCGAAGCCGCGGUUGCAAUCCAAGCAGAGCAAGAGAAUGAGCUGGAAGAGAAGGUCAAGAGAGUGCAAGGACUGCAAUUGGAGAAGAGUGGGAGUUUAAUGUUCUGCGCGGGUGAGGCACAGCUGUAUACGCUGGAGCAUCUAAUGAGAGCUUCGGCAGAGUUCCUAGGGAGAGGGACGAUUGGGACGACAUACAAGGCCGUGCUUGAUAACCGUCUGAUCGUGAGCGUUAAACGGCUUGAUGCGAAUAAAUUGGCAGGUACAAGCAAGGAAACAUUUCAGAGUCACAUGGAAUCCGUCGGUGGACUCCGGCAUCCAAAUUUGGUUCCUCUUAGAGCGUAUUUUCAGGCCAGAGAAGAGAGGUUACUCAUCUACGAUUACCAGCCCAACGGCAGUCUCUUCUCUCUCAUGCACGGUUCAAAAUCAACGAGAGCAAGGCCACUGCAUUGGACAUCAUGCUUGAAAAUAGCAGAGGACAUAGCGCAAGGUCUCUCCUACAUUCACCAAGCAUGGAGGCUUGUCCAUGGCAAUCUCAAGUCCUCCAACGUCCUCCUGGGGCCUGACUUCGAGGCCUGUGUUGUCGACUAUUGCCUUGCAGCCCUCGCAGUUUCAGACAAUGAUGUCCCUGAAGCUGCUGCCUCAUCGUACAAAGCUCCUGAAACUCGCAAUUCAAACCACCAAGCAACUGCUAAAUCCGAUGUCUAUUCAUAUGGAGUUCUGCUGCUGGAGCUCUUAACAGGGAAGACUCCGUCGCAACACCCGCAUUUGGUGCCUGAAGAAAUGGUGAGUUGGGUUAGGGCGGGUAGGGGGGAUGAUGGUGGGGAUGAUGAUAGACUUGUAAUGCUUAUUGAGGUGGCCGUGGCUUGUAGUUUGACGUCUCCAGAGCAGAGGCCCACUAUGUGGCAAGUAUUGAAGAUGUUACAGGAGAUUAAAGAGGCUGUGGCCAUGGAGGAUUCUGAAUUGGACCCACAUUCUGGGUUGUCAUGAAUUAUUGUUGUACCACGAUGUGAUUUAUGCAUAGAUAACAGAAAUUGACAUGUAGUAGUAAUAUGAAUUAUUGACAUUUGUAUUCGCAGCUACUCUUAUCUUAUAUUCUAACCAAUAUGAGUGGU